AUGAAGAUUCAGGGUCUGAGCCAGAAAGUUUUUACACUGAUGAAGAGUUUGAUUAUUGUGAUCGCCAGGAUCCGGCUGAAGACUGUGAAGAGUUUCCACUUCCGUCCACUUCUUCGGCUAGCACCUCCACUGCCUUUGUUCCCCACUUCACACCUCCAACACCUUCACUGCUCCCCUCCCCCACUUCCUCUUCAACAAGGGGCCAAACGACACGUAGAAGCGCAUCUACAGGCCGCAGCAGAUCUACAGGCCGCAGCAGAUCUACAGGCCGCAGCAGAUCUGCAGGCCGCAGCAGAUCUGCAGGCCGCAGCAGAUCUGCUGGCCGCAGCAGAUCUGCAGGCCGCAGCAGAUCUGCAGACCGCAGCAGAUCUCCACCACGGCCCGGGCCUGCACUUGAUCAAGCCAGUUAUGUUUCGAGACCGGUACCAGAUCAUCUCCUGGAACAUCCACAUUAGCGACCCGGAGCAGGAUGUUGAAAAUGACCUGAAGAAAGGAACUCCCCAGCAUGAUAAACUAUUCAGACUAAAACCACUUCUGGGCACCAUCCUGACAGCAUGCAAAACAAACUUCCACCCAAGACAGCACAUUGCCAUUGAUGAAAGGAUGGUGGCAACAAAGGCCCACACAGGGAUGACGCAAUAUAUGAAGGCCAAGCCGACAAAGUGGGGUUUCAAACUCUUUGUCUUGGCAGACAGCAGCAAUGGCUAUACAGUGGACUUUGCUAUUUACACGGGGAAGUCCCAGUUUUCCUCCGGUGUGGGACUUGCAUACGAUGCUGUCAUUUCACUUGUAAAUUCCUCAUUCCUGGGCGGCGGAUACGAAUUGUAUGUGGACAAUUUCUACACAAGCCCAAAACUGUUCAUGGACUUGUUCAGUAUGAACAUCGGUGCUUGUGGCACAUACAGGGAGAACAGGAGAGGAUGUCCCCGCGUUGAAAAUAACUCUUUGAAAAAGAAAGAACAAAGGGGCACAAUGAGGUGGAUCAGAGAGGGCCCUCUGGUUUUUGUGAAGUGGAUGGACUCCCGUGAAGUUUCCAUCUGCUCCACCAUCCAUUCGGCUUUCGAAGGUGAAACGGAUGUAAAGUCCACGUUUUUCCAGUUUGGGGCGUCCAUCCAGCAGGAGGCGCUGCUCAUGCUGAACAUCAUGGAGGAGUACGACUGGCAUAUCUUUUCCAUAGUGACCUCCAAGUACCCGGGUUAUCAGGAGUUCAUCAACGUUCUCAAAACCACCGUGGAUAACAGCUUUGUGGGCUGGGACCUGCAGAACAUCAUCAUCUUGGACGCCGUGGAGGAGGACAGCCGCUCGCAGAUCAUGCUGAAGAAGGUUCAGUCCCCCGUGGUUCUCCUCUAUUCCUCCAAAGAUGAAGCAAUCAUUAUCCUGGAGGAGGCGCGCUCGCUGGGCCUUACCGGAUUUGGAUACAUCUGGAUAGUACCGUCCGUCACAACUGGCAACACGGAGAUAACCCCGGAGGACUUCCCGUCUGGGAUGAUUUCGGUGUCCUACGAUGAUUGGGACUACCCUAUAGAGGCAAGGGUGAGAGAUGGACUGGGCAUCAUCACGUCGGCAGCGGCGGCCAUGUUGGACGAGCACGGAGAUAUCCCGGAAGCGAAGACGUCGUGUUAUGGCCCCCUGGAGAAGACGAAUAAGCUCCCGCCCAGCGCACUGCACAAGUACAUGAUGAACGUAACAUGGGAUGGCAGAGACUUGUCGUUCACAGAGGAUGGAUACCAAGAAAACCCUAAACUGGUGGUGAUCGUGCUCAAUAAGGAGAGAGAGUGGGAGAAGAUGGGUAAACUGGACAACCGCAGCCUGACCCUCAAGUACCCUGUGUGGCCUCGCUUUAACUCUUUCGGAGACGCGGAGCUGGACGACAAUCACCUGUCCAUCGUGACUCUGGAGGAGAAGCCCUUUGUGAUCGUGGAGGACGUGGAGAGGCUCACGGGGACCUGCAUGAGGAACUCUGUGCCCUGCAGAAAGCACAUCAAGGACAACUCGACUGAAGCUGGUGGAACAUAUAUCAAAAAGUGCUGUAAAGGAUUCUGCAUCGACAUUUUGAAGAAAAUUGCUAAAUACGUGAAAUUCACCUAUGACCUGUACCUGGUAACCAAUGGCAAACAUGGAAAAAAAAUCAACAAUGUCUGGAAUGGGAUGGUGGGAGAGGUGGUCUAUAAGAAAGCCGUCAUGGCCGUCGGAUCUCUGACGAUCAAUGAGGAGCGUUCUGAGGUCAUCGAUUUCUCCGUCCCGUUCGUGGAAACCGGGAUCAGUGUCAUGGUCUCUCGUAGCAACGGAACAGUGUCUCCAUCAGCUUUUCUUGAGCCAUUCAGUGCAUCAGUGUGGGUCAUGAUGUUUGUGAUGCUCUUACUGGUCACUGCAAUGGCUGUCUUCAUGUUCGAGUACAUAAGUCCGCUUGGCUUCAACAGGAACCUGGCACAAGGGAAAGACCCCCAUGGUCCGUCCUUCACCAUGGGCAAGGCCGUGUGGCUGCUCUGGGGCCUGGUCUUCAACAACUCUGUGCCCGUCCAGAAUCCCAAAGGAACCACCAGCAAGUUCAUCGUGUCCGUGUGGGCCUUCUUCGCUGUCAUCUUCCUGGCCUCCUACACUGCUAACCUGGCUGCCUUCAUGAUCCAGGAGGAGUUUGUGGACCAAGUGACGGGGCUCUCUGACAACAAGUUCCAGAACCCGUAUGCGUAUUCCCCUCCUUUCCGGUUCGGAACCGUGCCAAAUGGUUCUACAGAGAGGAACAUUCGCAAGAACUACCCGGCCAUGCACCAGUACAUGGUCAAGUACCACCAGACCGGUGUCGUGGACGCCUUGGUCAGCCUCAAGUCCGGGAAACUGGAUGCGUUCAUCUAUGACGCUGCAGUGCUGAACUACAUGGCGGGCAGAGACGAGGGUUGUAAGCUGGUGACCAUAGGCAGCGGCUACAUCUUCGCUACCACUGGAUAUGGGAUCGCUCUCCAGAAAGGCUCAUACUGGAAACGACAAGUGGAUCUGGCUAUUCUGGCCAUCAUCGGCGACGGUGAAAUGGAGGAACUGGAGGCCCAAUGGUUGACAGGGAUCUGCCACAACGAGAAGAACGAGGUGAUGUCCAGUCAGCUGGAUGUAGACAACAUGGCGGGUGUCUUCUACAUGCUGGCCACGGCGAUGGGCUUGUCCCUAAUCACCUUCAUCUCUGAGCAUCUCUUCUACUGGAGACUGCGGUACUGCUUCACCGGGGUCUGCUCCGGAACACCCGGGCUUCUCUUCUCCAUCAGUCGUGGAAUAUGGAGUUGUAUCCAUGGCGUACAUAUUGACAUGAAGAAAAAGACAGAUCUGGACUUCAGUCCUCAGGACAAGAUGCUUAAGCUGAUAAAGUCAGCUAAACAGAUGUCCAACAUGGCCAACCUUGCGGCCAACUCUCCCAAACGUGAGUUCAUGCACUCAGCUGGUCCCAUGAUCAUGGACAUGAUGGCAGAGAAGGGCAACUUCAUCUAUGCUGACAACCGAAGCUACGCUCCCAAAGACAUGAUCUACGGGGAUACUGGAGACUUACAAGCCUAUCUUGCCAACCGUCACAAAGACCACCUCAACAAUUACAUUUUCCAGGGUGGACAGCAUCCACUGACCUUGAAUGAUGCCAAUCCCAACUCGGUGGAGGUGGCAGUGAGUGCUGACUCGGUCCAGACUAAUGCAAAGCCGCCCCGCACUCUGUGGAAGAAGUCUGUGGACACACUUCGCUCAGCACCUCCUGGUCCUGCGCCCAUGCCCGACAUGCUCAUGCCUGAUCCCAGACUGUCCAUGAAAACCCAGAGAUACCUCCCUGAGGACACAGCCCACUCGGACAUCUCUGACUGUUCCAGCAGAGCUGCUUCCUACAAGGACCCAGAAAACAACAAGCAUCUAAAGUCCAAGGACAACUUAAAAAAAAGGUCGGUGACGAAAUACCCAAGGGAUUGCAGCGAGGUGGAGCUGUCCUACUUAAAAACUAAACAGGUCAGCGGUGGAACUAACCAAAGCGGGAGGGGACCUGGAGAAAAAAUCUACACUAUAGAAUCAGAUCGAGAAAUGAGCCUUCAUUCCGAUCCCAUUCAGUAUCGUGAGAGCAGAGGGCUGGCUGCUGACGAUCUGGACUACCCCGAGAUCUAUAGUGACCACUGCGAUAACUACAGGAAGUGUGACCAGCCCAUUAUCCAUCUGAAUUCCUCCCCAAUGCAUCACACAGACUCUGAUAUGUUGCCAGACCAAACAUACUCAAAACACUACAGUCUAAAGGAGAAAAACCUUUCUCUGUCACCACAUGAAACUCUUGAUCGAUAUAAACAGACUCACUGCCGCGCUUGCUUGUCUAAAAUGACAACUAGCUAUCCAGCUGGUGGAUCCUAUCCCUCCUCAGGGUCUGCUACACGCUCCCCCUACAAUCGAUGUGAAGCCUGCCUCCACACAGCAAAUCUGUAUGAUAUCAGUGAGGACCACCUACUCGCUGAAUCCCUGAUCAGUCCUACCAUGCACCUCCAGCACCCACAGACACAGGACGAGAUGUUUGGGUUAUACUGGCCCCAAACCGACGGGCCACAUGUCCAAAAGAGAAACCGCCUAAGGCUGAGUCGGCAGCACUCCUUUGACAACAUCAUGCUUGAAAAACCCAAGGACUCAGACCAGGGGCGACCUGCACGCAGCGUAAGUCUCAAGGAGAAGGAUCGUUUCCUGGAUUCUGCCUCCGACUCCCAAUAUGCCAAUCUUUUUGGCAUGCGGCCCUACUCUGGCAAACUCUUUGGCACAGGCCCCAAAUCUAUGUUUAACCAUAAUUUAGAGGAGAGCAAGAGGAGCAAAUCCCUGUACCCCACUCAUGCCUCUGACAACCCCUUCCUCAGCCACUCACUAAGGGACGACACCAGCAGCAGACUGGUACAUGGGCGAAGCUCCUCAGAUAUUUACAAACAGCUGGCUGUAGCCUCUCCUGCAGCUGUGCUGACAUCAGCUCCCAUUCAACCACGCAGUGAUGCGAACAAUCUCCGCUCCUCUGUUAAGUCCAAUGCUUCAUACUGUUCACGGGACGGACGGAUAGCCAAUGACAUGUACACUAAGGAGCAUGCAAUGCCUUACUCAGCCAAUAAGACUAGUGCAUACCCUGCACAGCGCGGUGUCCUAAACUCAGCCCAGCUCAGCAAUAGACGGCUGUAUAAAAAAGUCCCCAGUCUUGAGUCGGAUGUUUAG